AAACAGGGAAGAGCAAGCCGGUAAACAGCACUUCUCCACAGCCUCUGCAUCAGCUCCUGCCUCCAAGUUCCUGGCCUGCUUGAGUUCUUGCCCUAACUUUCCUCAGUGAUGAACCUUGAAGUGUCUAAAGGAAAGUGACUUCCUCUGACUCACCUACAUUUGCAGCUCUGCAGCACCCAGCCCUGUAGCCUCUGGACGCUCAGUCACUUGUUACUUGACUCCAUCUGGCCUGGCCCAACUCAGACCCUCUCACAAUGGGACUCUCCUGGAAGGAACGGAUCUUCAUGGCUCUGUUGGGAGUUGCAGCAGCCUCUGGCCUCACCAUGCUCGUCCUCAUCCUGGUGAAGGCAACCAAUGUUCUCUUGCCUGCAGACACCAAGUUUGGGAUUGUGUUUGAUGCCGGCUCCUCCCACACAUCCCUGUUUGUGUACCAGUGGCCAGCAAACAAGGAGAAGGACACAGGAGUGGUCAGCCAGGCCAUGACUUGCCAGAUAGAAGGACCUGGAAUCUCUUCCUAUACCUCUGACCCGACACAGGCUGGGGAAAGCCUGAAGAGCUGCCUGGAGGAGGCGCUGGCGUUGAUCCCACAGGCCCAGCAUCCACAGACGCCCACAUUCUUGGGGUCCACAGCAGGAAUGAGGCUGCUCAGCCAGAAGAACAGCUCUCAGGCAAGAGACAUCCUAGCUGCAGUCUCCCAGACACUAAGCAAGUCUCCUGUGGAUUUUUGGGGUGCUAAGAUCUUGCCUGGGCAGGAUGAAGGUGCCUUUGGCUGGAUCACCAUCAACUAUGUCCUGGGAAUGCUCCUGAAGUAUUCCUCUGGACAGUGGAUCCUGCCUGAAGAGGGGAUGCUCGUUGGUGCUCUGGACCUUGGUGGAGCCUCCACGCAGAUCAGCUUCGUGCCUCAGGGACCCAUCCUGGACCAGAGCACCCAGGUUACCUUCCGCCUGUACGGUGCCAACUACAGUGUCUACACUCACAGCUACCUCUGCUUUGGGCGGGACCAGAUCCUGAGCAGGCUCCUGGCUAAGCUGGCACAGGACAGGUUGAGCAGCCAGGUGGCCCCGGUCAGACACCCAUGCUACCACAGUGGCUACCAGGCCACACUGUCACUGAGUUCCUUGUAUGACUCACCCUGCAUCCACACUACAGAUUUCCUGAACCACACCCAGAACCUCACAGUUGAAGGGACAGGCAACCCUGGGAACUGUGUGGUAGCUCUCCGAAGUCUCUUCAACUUCUCCAGCUGUAAGGGCCAGGAGGACUGUGCUUUCAAUGGCGUCUACCAGCCUCCUGUGCAUGGCCAGUUCUAUGCCUCCCUCAGGCUUGCACAGCCUUCUCUACUCCUCCAGGCCUUUUCCAACUUUUACUACACCUUCCAUUUCCUGAACCUCACGUCCAGGCAACCACUGAACACUGUCAACGACACUGUCUGGAAGUUCUGUCAGAAACCCUGGAAACUGGUGGAAGUCAGCUAUCCUGGGCAGGAGCGCUGGUUACGGGACUACUGUGCCUCGGGUCUGUACAUCCUCGUAUUGCUGCUGGAGGGCUACAAAUUCAGUGAGGAGACCUGGCCCAACAUCCAGUUCCAGAAGCAGAGGUAUGGAAACAGACACAUGUGAAGAUGCAGACACUGGCAACAUCUGGGAGAAGAGUAGAGGGUGAGGGAGAGCACCAUCAGGGAUUCCCAUCAAAAGACCUGAGCCCUCCUUUGAAGCUGACUUCUGGUAAGUUCUGCCUUCAGUCUACAGCCUCGUGUGAAUGAAUGCUCACCCCAGCCCUAGGAGCCUUGGGCCCACUUUCUACCUUCUGACUUUCAAAUGGCCUAGACUAUACCUAACUGUCCUCAUAAACAUACUAGAUGUCCAGUGCAGGGGCCAGCCACACCAUUAGCUUGACAUAGGCUACAUUUUGGCUGCUGAGUCCCUGAGCUGGAAAAUACCCUAGCGUUUUACCUUAGCCUUGCCAAGGAAAUCCAUGGGCUCCAGAUGUUUUAGGUAUCGCCUGGGAGGCUGGAAGACCUCACCCUUGGGUACUUGCCAUAGCUGUAGGGGUACCUGUUUCUGAGAUGGAACAUGUAAACUGGGUUAGCCACAGUUGCAAGAGCCCUGAGCCUUGACACAGAAGGGGCUGCCUGGGCUCCAUUCAUACGUGAUGAUACAGGAAGUAUGAGGCACCCAGGCUACCCACCUCUCUCCAUGUCCUGGAGUUAGUCUUGAAGGAGUAAGCUGGAGAACCUGACCCCAUACCAAUCUGGCUGUUACCUGCCCUACUCACCUGCACUUUGUCCAUGGCAAUGUCCAGGAUGUCUUGAGCCCCUUCUGGCCAUUUGGGGAUUGCCUCCACUAGAGUAUUGGCAGCCUUGGUCCAGAGCCCUGCCUGGCACUGUGCCGAUGCCAUGUUGUAUAGGACCUAGGAACAAGGAUGGACAUGACUGCAGGGGCCAGGACCCCCAGGUGGUCCUCAUAUGAGCUCCCCAGUUACAGUAGCUGAAGGUUCUUCUGUAUGUUCAUCUGAUGCUACAGGUAGGGACAAGGCCACCUGCUGCCUGACUGGCUCAGUUGUCAGGCACCAAGUUCUCAUGCCCCUUAUCUGUUUAGUACUGGAGGGGCCAUGUUUUGCUUUGGACUUUUCUGUUUGAAGCAGAUUUCCCUUUUAAAGUGUCUUCCUUAUGGGGGAUGAGGAGGCAGUUGGAGAGAUGGCUCAGUGGUUAAGAAUACUUGCUGCUUUUCCCAAGACUUGGGUUAGACUCCCAACUCUCACACAGUGGCUCACAAAGUCUCCCCUUAUCUGACACCCUCCCAAUUUCUACACCAUGCCACCACCUUUAACUGACCCCAUACCUCUGAGUCUAGAGUAUGUUUAAGGGCUCCCAUUGACAAUGCAGGGACAAUCAGGACCCGACAUACAAUGGAACACAACAUUCUCAUGGGCAAAGAGGACUGAGGUAAGGCUAUCUUAAACCCUCUGUGACAUGCAGAUAAACUCACACAAUGCUGUGACCCCACUCUUCCUUCAUCCUGGAGAUGUAAGCACAUAGCAAACUUAGCUUUGCUACAAGGAGAGGCACCUCCCUACUCUUCCUACCUGCUGUGUUCCAACUGUUUCCCUGGCUCAGCUGUAGGCACUGCUGAGCCAACCCCUUUCCCCCUAAACUGUCUGUCACCUUGUCAUGAUCUUCAAGUAUGUUCUGUUUUUAUCUGCUUUUGGAGCCCUGGAUUUCAGGGCUCCAAAAGUCUUUGGCUGGACAGAACGCCUCAUUCUGCAUGGCGGACCAUGACAGCAACACCAACAUAAAGGUGACAAGCCCUGGCAGACUCCAGACUUCACCCUAGGACUCCAGUCAGGACCUCAGACUACAUUAUAGGACCCUUAUUGCAAAUCAGGGCCAUGGCAGAGCCUUAGACCUUUCAUUAAACCCAAGACUCACAGAGAACACCUCUAAGCCCAGUGACACUGCUUGGCAUGUGACCUCUGCACAAGCCAAUGCUCACUUACCUCCCAGGCUUGCAAUUUGAAGUUCAGACCCAGUUGUGUGUAGUCAAUGACAGCAUUGUCCCUCAGCUGUGCCAGGGCCAACUGGAAGUCAGACACAGCCUCCUGGAACCUGUGGGCAUCAGGGGUCUCUCAGUAGCUACAAAGGAGUUGCUGAACCUCUGAAGGGUGUUUUGGGAUACUCCACCCAUCCUUCUCUCUGUGUCAGCUCUGGGAGACCUGGAGGCAAUAGCAGUCACCUUCCUGGGUACUCAAGUCCAGAGGAGUGUGCUUAACUGAAGUUGACUGUCUAAUUCUGCUUGGCCACUUGAACAUCUGCUCUCUGCACCUGACAGGGGACCAUGCCUAUAUCCCCAAACCCCUUCUAACUGUUCUGGUCAUUUCUUUCCUGCCCCUCAGGCCCUAAUCUUACGAGGCCUUCACUAAUCUCUGAACUUCAAACUGUGGAUGAAAUCUCUGUCCCUUACCAGAUAUUCCACUUUCCCCAGUCACCCUUCCUUGGCAUUGGGGCCUGUAAUCCUGAUUAUCUCUCCUCCCUUCCUCCUCUUGGAAGCUGGGUAGCCAUGUGUAUCUUGGGAUAAGCCCUGGUUUUCACAUUUGCAAAUUGGCUAUAAAUACAGUGACCUUACCACUACAGACAUAGGGAGAGAGCCAGUGAUGUUGAGAAAGUACUAUAAAUUUUGACAGGGACAAGAGCCAUGUAUGGGGGCCCCAGGCUAACCAGAGCAUUCUCAUUGAGGCUGGAGGGGAUCUAGGAGCAAGCAUGGGUUUGCAGAGACAAAAAACCAUCCAAUAAGGAACAGGGGAUACUGCUGUGUUCUCACCUCUGCAGCUGGAAAUUGGCCACUCCCCGCUGGAGGAAGCCAACAGCCAUGCAGGUGUCCUUAGUCACUGCUUGGUCAAAUGCCUAGGGACAAAAAUGUGUGUGGAACACUAAACUCAGUAACCGAGGAACCCAAAGCCACAAACACACAUGGAAAUGUAUCAACAGCGAGGGCCACUGUCCAGUUAAAGCCUGGAGAGUGUGUUACUGCAUAGAUUUCUCAGCUGCCCCCAAGCACCUCACAUCAGACUCAGGGCACACCCCCAUGGCAUAGAAACCCAAUUUGUCCACAAGGAGCACAGAGCUAGAAGAAAACGCCCCCCAAUAUCAAUAAAAGUCAUCUCUGGGAGACAGAACUGUGUAAAUUUUGGACUUUUAAAAAUCUCUUUGCAGGAGCUAGAGAG